CCAGACCAGGAAAACUUAUGACCAAAAAUGUUCUCAAAUGAGAAACUGCAAUGCUAAACGAGAUGGCCUCUACUCCGGUGACAAAACCCGAGCUGAAGUGAAGGACUUGCAUAGCAGAAUUUUGGUUGCAAUACGAAGUGCCGAAACAAUCUCGGAAAGAAUUGAAAAAGUGAGGGAUGUAGAGUUACAGCCACAACUUAUAGAGCUGCUACAUGGCCUAAUGAGGAACUGGAAGAUAAUGAUGGAAUCACACGAAACCCAAAACCGAAUCAUGUUUGAAGUUACUUCUUUCAAUUGUCCUACUUAUGGAAAGUUUUGUAACGACUCUCACCGUCUCGCCACACUUCAGCUUGUGGCAGAACUUCAUAAUUGGUGCUCUUGCUUUGUUGCAUAUUUAUCUGCACAGAAGGCAUACAUUGCAGCUCUCAGUGGGUGGCUUUCCAAGUUCAUUGCCCCUGAGGUAGAAUUACGCUCGAAGAAGAGGUUUUCGGCCCCGGCAUUAGUAGUCAAUGGACCACCUUUACUCGCAACUUGUCGUGAAUGGUUGGCUAGCUUGGAGAAGUUGCCGAACGAAGCUGUUAUUUGUGCAUUAAAAAGCUUUGGAAAGGAUAUGCACGCACUUUGGGUUCAACAGGGCGAGGAGCAAAAACAGAAGAGGAAGGUUGAUGGACUUGCCAAGGAACUCCAGAGGAAGGCGUUGGCAUUCCAGAGAACAGAGAGCAGGGUUCUUGGUACAAACUAUCAGAGCAGGAACUAG